AUGUAUCGUAUUGAAAGACGAGAAUUAGAUAACCCCAUCAGCUGGACCAUUCAGGAUUUUGAUGCAUCUAUACCUUUAGUUGAUCAGUUUCCCACUUUAUUAUUAAAAGGAAAAGUCAUCAUAGAAAAUGUAAAUGAUCAUCCUGUUGUGAAAACCAUAGCCGGAUAUCCUGCAUAUAUUCCUUGUAAUGUAUCAACGCCAUUAGCUGAAGACGAAGCAUCGUUGAUAUUGUGGUAUAGGACGGAUAAUCCGAAUCCCAUAUACACACUGGAUGUGAGAAAUGCACGCAUUCAAGAGGCUCGCCAUUUCCCGGCGGAAGAAUUGAAAGGACGAGCUUAUUUCAACAUCAGUAGACAUCCACCUAUUCUCAGAAUAGCUACAGCGAAAGCCGAAGAUGAAGCUGAUUAUAAAUGCAGAGUGGACCUCAAGCGAUCUAGAACUCUUAUUCUGCAUACCAGACUCGACGUUAUUGUGCCACCUGGAGAGCCAAUCAUAAUGGAUGAGCACGGCCAAAGCUUACAUGAUAUCAUAGGACCUUUUGAUGAAGGAUCUACGCUUAUUUUUAUAUGUGAAGUAGACGGAGGUGAUCCUUCUCCUAAAGUGACUUGGUGGCGUGGUAAUACUCUAGUAGACGAUGAUUUCAGCAUCAUAAAACAAAGAUUUGUCCGGAAUGAAAUGGUCGUUCGGGAUAUUAGCCGAUCGGAUUUCAUGGCAGAAUAUACCUGCAAAGCUUGGAACAAUAACGUUACGAAACCGAAAGAAGCUUCUGUGAUCAUCGAUAUUAACUUGUUGCCAUUAGAAGUCAACAUCCUUGGACCUAAUUUGCCAAUGAUGGCUGGCGAGGAACAGGAGAUCGUAUGCGAAACCAAAGGUUCCAGACCCAAUGCGUUAACAACUUGGUGGUUGGAUGGGCAGAAGAUUAACAUUAGUCCACCCGAGGAAGAUGAAGAAGAAGAAAGCAAUGUUACAAUCAGCAUCUUGAAAUUUCGACCGAGUCCUGACGAUAAUGGAAAGUUGCUAGUGUGCAAAUCAGCAAAUCCAGCACUGCCCAAGUCUACCAUCCAAACAGAAGUUAAGCUUCAAGUCGAAUUUAUUCCUAUACUCAACCUGACUAUUGGACGCAGUAGUAGACUGUCAGAGAUCAGAGAAGGAAAGGAUGUUUACUUAGAGUGCCAUACAAAAGCCAAUCCUUGGUAUUUGAAACUUUAUUGGAUAUUCGAAGGCAGACCACUCCAAGAAAGUAGGGAAAUGGGUAUUUUCAUCAUGAAUCAAACUCUGCUUCUGCGCAAGGUCCGGAAAGAACAUCGUGGCAGAUACCAGUGUAUUGCCAGAAACACGGUUGGCGAAGGACAAAGUAAUAUAUUGAAUCUGUUGGUCCAAUGUAAGUAA